AUGGAGUUCCAUGAUGAAGGUGAUGCAGAUGAUGAUAUUGGCAUCCAGCGUGAUACAAAUACGACCACUGGCUACAGACCUCCUGCCGACUCAUUCUACGCAAAUACUUGGGAAAAUAUGUUUGAUCCUUCACAUCUAUUAGAACCAUUUGUUUGUACUUGGCAAGAUUGGAUGCAUUUUUGUAAAGGGUUGACUUUUGCAAAUAAAUCGGCGGUGAAACGUGCAUUGACAAUAUACGCAGCAAAUGAUAAUAGAAAUUUUAUAACCCGGAGGUCGAGCACCACAAAAUUGUGCGUCACAUGCGUUGAUGACAACUGCAAGUGGUACGUUGGGGCAUUCAUGAAGGCUAAACUUAAUGGUCUGUGGGUGGUCACGUCUUACGUGGGUCCACACACUUGUAUACCCUCUGGCCUACAAAGAGACGGUAGAAUGAUGGAUUCUAAUUUUGUUGCAUCAGAAAUUGUGGAAAAAUUGCGACAAAAUCAUACUGCUUGUAUUGAUGAGCUCUGGGAGAUCAUACGUACUAAGUAUAAUCAUGAGCUUUCUUACUAUAAAGACUCAGAUACCAAGUAUAGCUAUCACACCAUACCUAGGCCAUACGAAGGUAUUGCGGUACUGCGCUAUGUAUAUUGGGCAUUCGCUCCAUGCAUUGCUGCAUUCAAAUAUUGCAGGCCAGUGAUCAGUAUUGAUGGGACUCAUUUGUAUGGUAAAUACAAAGGGGUGUUAAUGAUUGCAAUGGCAACUGAUGCUAACCAAAAGGUUUUGCCUCUCGCCUUUGCUGUUGUAGACAGGGAGUCAGGGCCUAGUUGGGGUUGGUUUUUAGAGUGUCUCAGGACUUCCAUAGAGCAUGUCAUACCUAAGGAUGGCAUUUGCAUUAUUUUUGACCGACAUAAAGGUAUCAGAUGCGCCAUUCGAGAGUGGCCUAGAGGUGAGGACGGAAGAGAACAGGUAUAUCAUCGAUAUUGCCUUCGACAUGUUGCUAGCAACUUCAACACAAAAUUUAAGGACCCGACUCUAAAGGCAUUGGCCUUGAAAGCUGGAUAUGUGACUUAUGAAGCAAAAUUCAUGUCCAUAAUGCAAACCAUUAAGGAGGCCGAGAUUAAUUUACUGAAGGGUGUAGACCCUACUGAUCGCCACAUCCUACGCUAUAUGCCAUACACAUAUCUAAUGAGUGAGGAUGUUGACAAAUGGACCCAGUCACAGGAUGGUGGAAGACGUUAUGGGGCAAUGACAACCAAUAUCUCUGAGUGUUUUAAUGGGGUACUUAAAGGUGCCCGCGGUUUGCCUAUUGCUGCAAUGGUUGAGUUCACAUGGUCCAAACUUGUUGCAUAUUUCUACGAUCGACAUGAAAAAAUUCUUUCUAAUCUCUCUCAAGGUAAGGUGUAG